AGUCUGUGGAGAAGGAUGGACCUUUAACUUGACUGGGAGGACGGAAGGAAGGAGCAGUCAUUCAAGGAGCGCGAACAGACGGAGAAGAAAAAGCUUGCGCGCAAAAAUCCACUCCGUGGAGACCCCCCAACUGUGCGCGCCUCUCCACCUUCAGCUGCGGCGUGAAUCCAAUGAUCUCAAGGCGUCAAGUUUCACUUUCCAAAGGCGGAUGGGUGACUUUCCGCCGCGCUUUGUGAGGAGGAGAUGAUGAAGAAUUUCAGCGGCAGUCCCCUGCACGGCAACAACAACAACCAGACUCACAGCAACCACAUCAGGGAGCGGAACGGUAGAAAGUCCGGCUUCCUCUCGGUGCUGCCGUGGCGCUUUUCCCUGCGCGGCUACGGCUUCUGCAUGUCCGCCUUGUUCCUCUUCUGCUUCGGCUCCCUGUUUUACCAGCUGAACGGAGGACCUCCAAAAAUCCUGCUGGACAUCCGGCAGUAUCUCGGAGUAUGUUGGAAAAAUCACUGGUCUUUCAAAACGGCAACCAGCAGGCUUUUUAUCCAUAAGGACAGGGUAGACAGACAUCUGGUGUCGUGCCCACAUGGCCACAAGGCGAGAAAAGGAUCGUCAACAUAUCUAAACGACCACGGAUCCAUUCCUCCAAGAGUGCUCCCGUUCCCCAGCCAGGUGGUUUAUAAUCGGGUUGGAAAGUGUGGCAGCAGGACUGUGGUGAUUCUGCUGAGGUUGCUGGCGGAGAAACAUCAGUUUAACCUCAUUUCCUCUGACAUUCACAACAAAACACGCCUCACCAAACAUGAGCAGGUGGAUCUCAUGAAGAACAUCAGUAAAAUCCCGCCGCCGUUCCUCUACACGAGACACGUCCACUUCCUGAAUUUUAGCAGGUUCCGGAUAGAAGAGCCCGUCUACAUCAACAUAAUCAGGGACCCCAUCAACCGCUUUCUGUCCAAUUAUUUCUUCCGGCGCUUUGGGGACUGGAGGGGGGAGCAGAACCACCUGAUCCGAACGCCGGGCAUGAAGGAUGAUGAGAGAUACCUGGAUAUAAAUGUCUGUAUUCUGGAAAAUUACCCAGAAUGCUCCAACCCCAGAGUUUUCUACAUCAUUCCUUAUUUCUGUGGGCAGCAUCCUCAGUGCAGGGAACCGGGAGUUUGGGCUUUGGAGCGGGCCAAGCAGAAUGUGAUGGAAAACUACCUCAUCGUGGGGAUCCUGGAGGAGCUGGAGGAUGUCCUGCUCAUGCUGGAGAGGCUCCUACCACACUACUUUGCAGGAGUGCUAAACAUUUACAAGAGCCCAGAGUAUAAGAAGUUGGGGAACAUGACAGGGACAGUCCGCAAACACACCCCAUCCCUCGAGGCCCUGAAAGUGCUCUACCACCGCAUGCGCUACGAGUACGACUUUUACAACUUCAUCCGCGACCAGUUCCAUCUAAUGAAGAGAAAGAUCGGACUCAAGUCGACGGCCAAACCUCCGGCGUACGCUCCCGCCUUCCUACGCGACCUGGCCCUUCGGACGCCUCAGCCUCUGGACGAGGACGAGGAGCUGGACUCAGACCUGGAGGAUGCCAACAGCUGGCUUGUGCAUCCCUAACAGCUGUUUCAUGAACUAUGAAUCCAUCAAAUCGAUGAAAAUCACCCAAAAAAAACUGUUUUUUUGUCCUGUCAUAGUUGUGAGAACAAAAAAAGAUCUGUGACAGAGGGAGAUAAUUUAAGCAGAAAUUGCUUGAGUGAAGCUUUACUUUAAUUUGAGCUUGUUUUAGGGUUCUUUAAAGAGAAAUACUGUUAAUAAAAGAGCUUUAAUCUCCAGGCGAGAUUAGAGUCAAAUGUAGAUCGCUGGAGAGAUGUUCAUAAUUUAUGAAAGGGCUCGUGUCUAGAAACUGGGAGGUGAAUACUAAAGUGCCAAAAGUUUUCUAUUAGUAUCGUCCACAGUGUUUUUUAAAGUGCCAAAUUUCAUUAAAAGUUCCAGGAACUGUGGGAGCGGAAGUUGUGAGACAUCAGAACAGCUUUAUUUAGUUGAAGUUGUUAGAUAUGACUAUAAACGAGGAUGCACUCAAUUAUGAAUUCAAAGAAUUCCAACUGUGUGUGCUACUUUCUUUUUAAGUCACUUUUUGGUUGCGAGUUGGGGGAGAACAAAGCGUUUUGGAUCCUCAUUUUUAAUCCAAAACGUCUGGAGAAUCCAUGUUUAAACUGAUGUUUCCUCAGCUUAUUUAGCCAGUUUCAUCCAGAAUACUGUGUGAGCUUUUACAGAUUACUGUCAUCUUCAGCACAGCUAGACAACCAGAGAACAUCAACUUUAAGCUACUUUUAUGUGUCCAAUCUACCAAAUCCGUACUGUUUGUACUUAAUGUUCCAUUCGUGUGAUUUAUGCCAACUUAAUUUAUUGUUUGUUUGUUUGUCUUUUUAACUCAUUGCCUUUUUAGAUAAGAUUCUCAGGAAGGACGACUAUGCGUAACACAGUGAUUUUCUGUUUUUUUUAUUUUAUUUUAUUAACUGGCUGUAAAAAUUGUGCUAGGCUCUUAAAAAGUGACUAGAAUGGGUCCAUAUCAACAGUUCAGAACAUGCUUAUUCCAUGAAAAAAGAGAAUUUCAUCAUUCAUGAGUAUCAAAAUAAAUGUCCUCUAACCAUGA